CAGAAUAUUUAAAAUGACGAAGAAAAUAUUGAAGAGAAAGCAACAAGAAGUGGAAAAAGAAGAUGAACCGAAAAAAAUAAUGUCAGAUGAACCUGCUGCUAAGAAGGUAAAAUGGAUCAACAGACAACGAGUAUUGGUUUUUGCUACUCGAGGUAUCAAUUAUAGGCAUCGACAUCUUAUGGAUGAUUUAAAAAAGCUAAUGCCACAUCACCGUCCAGAAUGCAAGAUGGAACGUACUAAAAACUUACAAGUAGUGAAUGAAAUGUGUGAGAUGAAGAAUUGCAACAAAGCUGUUUUGUUUGAAGGUCGAAAAAAGCGUGAUCUUUAUGUAUGGUUUGCUAAUGUAUCUACUGGACCAAGUGCCAAAUUUCUUGUAGAAAACAUUUAUACAAUGGGAGAACUGAAGAUGACAGGAAACUGUUUAAAAGGAUCACGGCCAUUAUUAUCCUUUGAUGAAAAUUUUACCACACAUGCACAUUACAGUCUCUUGAAAGAGUUAUUAACACAGAUUUUUGGUGUACCAAAUCAUCAUCCUAAAAGUCAGCCAUUCUUUGAUCACAUAUAUACAUUCAGCGUUCUAGACAACAGGAUAUGGUUCCGAAAUUUCCAAAUUUUGACCGAAGAUGGUGGAUUAGCUGAAAUUGGACCAAGAUUUGUCUUGAAUCCAGUCAAGAUAUUUGCUGGAAGUUUCGGCAGUGAUACUUUAUGGGAUAAUCCACAUUAUGUAUCUCCUGCCAAGUAUCGACAAUCACUGACAAAGAAAGCUGCCAAUAAAUACAUAAACAGAGUGGAACAGAAAAUGGCACAGAAGGCAAACAAACCUGACGAAUCUUAUUCAUUUAAUCCUACAGAUGAGAUAUUUAAGGGCGAUUUAUUGGAAAAAGCAAAGGAAAUAGAAGAAAAACUUGAGGUAUUCGAUAAGAGUGAAAAUAUGGAAAAAAUUAUGAAAAAAGUUAAAAGUAAGACAAAAAAGAUAAAAAAAAAAUCUGUUGCAACUAAAAACAUUAAAAAAGCAAAAUCUGUAAAAUCUAAAGCUUUGAAAAAAAGAAAGUAA